AUGAAGAGAAAGGAGGUCCGCAUACUCCUUGAAGAUAUGAAAGCAUGCAACAACCGCCUGGAUGAGUUCAUCAACAAGUCGGAGGCUCCAAGUAACAACAGUAUGGCUAAAACUACUGCUGAAAAGUUGGGAUUGAGCUCCUCAUUACAACAGAUACAAAAUUACGCAACCAUGUUACAUCAAACUCUAGGAAGGGCCUGGUCCUGCUCAUCCCAUGCUUCUCACGAAAUUCGCCUACUCUUGGACGACAGGGUUGUACGCCAAAGUGAGCCGAGAUCGCUCAAGAAGGUGAAGCGGUCAAGCAAACCACCCAGUUUCACAAUAACCCAUAAAUCGCCAAUGAGCUCUGCACUUUGGAAGUCAGCCAAAAUCGAGAUUAUUGAUUCGGAUAAAGAGGUAGAUGAAGAAAACAGGGCGAUCCGAUUCAAAGAAGCGCAUCUCAAGACAUCCAUUAAAGACCAGCAUAGCAUGAACAUCCGAAGCGUCCAUGGUUUAACAGUAGUCGGAGACCUAUGCACCGUCUUUCGCUGUUACAAUGGGUUUGGUUUUGGACUUGACGACCAGGGUGUGCUUUACGAGACCUACCAAGACGAAACUAAACCUGUUUGCUGCACGGAGAAUCUGAUUAGUCUUCAGGAGCUCCUAUUGACGCAUUCUGGCAUGAAGUGCUUCACCCCUUUGACAGAGGAGCAACGGUAUCGACUGUCGAUUAUCCUGACUUCCUCAUUUCUCCAACUCCAUUCAACCCCAUGGCUCAACAGACACUGGAGCCAACACACUGUCUUCUUUUCUUCAACCCCGAUUGAUGGUCAGCUUGUGAUUGACCUUGGACAUCCUUUCAUUGCUGAGAGCUAUAGAAGUACUGCAUUUCCAACCACCACCUCAAUCGAAGCUAAGGAGCUUGCAGAUGAUAGCGCAAAUCUACUUAUGCUGGCGAGGAUCCUUCUUCAGAUCAAGUUCCAUGGUCGGACGAGUUACACACAAAAUAAAGAAAGUGUAGCAAACUCGACAGCUUUCGACCGAGUCCGUGAAUCUCAACUCCUUAAUCAAUGGAUAUUCCAGGAGAGGGAGAACUUGUCUUUUGCGCACUAUAACGCCAUUCAGUUCUGCAUAGCGUCUUCAAAUAGCAUUGACGCUGAUCUUUGGGAUCUGAAAUAUCGGCAAGUGGUUCUUGGCCGGGUGGUUGUGCCUUUGGUUAACGAACUAAGUCACUGGCAAGGGGCUACAUAG